AUGCUGGACUCGGCGGAGAACAGCGCAGUACACCUGCUCUCCGGGCUCUGGGACAGCCUCCUCCUCCUCCUUCCCUCCCCCGAGGACGCGAGGGCCCCGCAGCAGGUCGCUUGGCUAGAGGCUCUCUUUUCUUCUGCCCUUCACCACAGGAACCAGCCGUUCCGGAGGGAGGCGAUACGGCGACUGUCCUCCUCCUCUUCCUCCUAUGUCUUCCGAUGGGUGAGCAGGGACUUCAUGGAGCGGGUGCUGCUGCCUGUUGUAGACGACGCUCCUUUCCUCAAGGGAGCUGGACUGCGCGCAGAUCAGCUGGAAAGCCCGAUCGAGACCAAAGUGCUCAGCCAAAUCCUGAGAGGAGUUAGGCAGGGAGAAGAAGCAGGAGGGGGAGCAGGAGGAGGAGCAGCAGAAGCAGCAAGUGGUCAUGAAAACGGAAGUAGGACGAAAGAGGAUGGCCAGGAGGAGGAGGGAGUACCAGCGACAGCUGCUGAAGGCUAUGCCAUCAUCAUCUUCAACUACCUCCAGUGCAAAGAGGAGCGCGAGAGGGAGGAGGCGCUUGAAAGGCUUCUACUUGCUCUGCGGGACACUGCCAAGGCCCCAAGGAGCAUCCUGCUCUUUAUUGCCUCCCUCUCUGCGAUAGCCACGGGGCUGCCGCACGGAGACGAGGCAGGAGCAGGAGCAGGAGCAGGAGCAGAAGCAGAAGCAGGAGCAGGAGCAGGAGCAGGAGCAGGAGCAGGAGCAGGAGCAGGAGCAGGAGCAGGAGCAGGAGCAGGAACAGGAGCAGGAACAGGAACAGGAGGACAGGCUGUCCUGCUCCGGUUCAGCGCCACUGCAGUCAAGCACAUUAUCGCCAUCCUCUCCAUCGUCGAUCGCUCAUGCAGGAGCACACCCCUCCAGGCGACGCUGCACUUAUCGCUGCUCCGCCUCCUCCCUCGCUGCUCCUUCGGGGAGGGACUGAACGUUGACGACUUUGCUGGUAUCGUAGGCGCCAUGCCGGACUCCCUUAUCUUCUCCGGAGAGAACCUCCUCCUCCUCCUCCUUCUCAGCAGGCGGUUUGAGCAGGCUGGGGCUGCUAGUAGCGAGGAAGGGAAGAAGGGAGGAGCAGGAGGAGCAGGAGGAGCAGGAGGAGGAAGAUGGUUCACGGAGCAACUGGGAAAGAGCUUGAACAGCUUUCUCUUGAUCGAAAACCCUCAGUCUUCUCCUUCCUCCUCGCAACCUGACGCCCAGGACUGUGUCAACAUCAGGACGCAGAGCAAGAGCCUCGCCAAGAUGCUUCUCCUAGAAGCCUCUUGUAGCAACAGCCCUCUCCUCCUCCUCGCUCUCUCCUCCCGCCUAUCCUCUCUCAGUUCGCAUGCCUAUCUCCCCCGCUCGAGCGAGCAGCGUGCCAUGGUGCUUGCGACUGAGCUGCUGCGCCUGAUGAGAUCGAUAUCGACCCUCCUCAAGGUACCACAUGGGGAAAGGACGAAGCUGAAGCAACCAGUGUUGUCUGCUCUUACAGCAGAAGACGGGAAGGAGGCGGUGCGGUUCUCCUGCGACUCCAUCAUCCGUCAGCUCCAACAAUCAGCAAAGGAGGAGGAAAAAGAGGAGGCGGAGGAGAGUUUCCUGGAUGUCUUUGCUCGCCUUGAGAUCGCAAUCGAGUUCUUGGAGGAGGCGAGCGAGCAGGAGGGGAUGAGGAAGGAGACAGAGGAGGCUAGCGACAAGCUCCUGCAUGCAUCUUGUUCGCUGCUGCAGCUGCAGCUCACGAGGACGAGGCAUCGCGGGGUUAUUAUGAUGGCUGCUAGGGUGCUGCGAGCUGUUGUCGGGCAUGCGAAGAGAGCGGAGGAAGAGAUAUGGAGGACGAUGAUGAAGAUGCGAGAGCUGUGCGACGAGCUCCGUACAGGUGGAGGAGGAAGAGGAGGAGGCGACAGGCACGUGCAGCGCUUUCUUCGUCCUCAGUUCUUCUCUUGCAUGUACGAAUGCCUCUCCGUCCUUCAGAGAGGGCAAGGGGAGCCCGAAUGGUCCUUCCCUAUCUACGUAAAGAGGACAAACCGGGGGUGGGCGAGCCUGGGGCAGGAGGAACGUUGUAAGGACCUCCUGCUGUUCUGCCUGGAGGAAGCCAAGGAGGCUGUGAACAACGACUGCGCAGAGCCUCUCCUCCGCGUGAUCUCCCUCCUCCUCCCUGACGCCGUCAUGGGCAGCGGGUGCUCGAGGCCCCCGAGGGAGCAGGAAUCAGGAGGAGGAGGGGGAGGAGGAGGGAAGAAGAUCCUUGAGCUGGAGGACGCGGACAUCGACGCUGUGCUACAUGCAGAGGUGCUGAGCAGAGCCUGGGCGGUGAUUGACGACUACCAGUCGAGCAAGAAGAGGAGGCAGCACAGUGCUGGCAGGUCUCGCAUGCUCCCUGCCCAGGACGUCCUGGUUGCCUUCAUGCAGGUCGCCCUGCACCCUCGGAUCUGGGCUGUCUCCUCCGUCCAUAGCAAAGGGGGCACUGUGAAGGAGGCGUUCCUUCAGCUGGGAAAGGAGCUGGGAGACUCGGUUAGGGCCACGAAGCUCUUCGCGAUCUUUACAUGCAGACUCUGGAGGAAGUUCCCCUCCUCCCUCCUCCCCUACGCUGAGGAGGCGGCUCGGCUCUGCCUCUACGGCAUAUCAGAGAUCUCCGACUCCAUCGCCGACGUCCAGCUGGAUGAUCUGCUCCGGGACGAGCUCGGGGGUCAGCAGGAGGAGGAGCAGGAGGAGGAGCUGGGCCUGUUGCAGGGGAGGGAGACGUUCGUGCGCGUUCUUGUCACCCGCACCAUGUCUCGGCUCCCUCCUGCAUCUGCCCAUGCUGGGCUGGCGAAGGUGGUGGAGGAGCUGCUGGGAAACAACAGGCUGCCGGAGCUGGACGUCGCUUCGUACCUCCCAUUCUCAGCUCCUCAUCGCCUCAAGUGCAGGUUGUGGCAGGCCGUGACCGUCCUCGUCCCCCUCCUGACCCCAGCAGAAGCUGAGAGGACAGCUGGGAUGCUGGUAGAGUGCUUGAGGAAGGACGAGAGGAAGUCUGUGCGCUACUAUAUGGAGCUCUCGAUGUUCUGCUGCAUGUGCCGGCAGCCGAGCCUCCUGGCUACUCUCCUGCUCCCGCUCCUCCGCGAGUUCAACGCCGAUGUUCCUCUCGCCUCCUCUCUGAUGAUCAUCUCCAACUUCGCCAUCCGCAGCUACAUCGACACCGCAGCUGUGCGAGGAGGAGCGGAGGGAGCAGAGAGGGAGGAGGUCGAAUCUUCACUGCUCCUGCUGCGGGGAGAAGAGAUUGAGGAGACUAUAGUCGAGCUCGUACGCCACCUGCUCCCCUGGUGCAGCCACCACACCCACCACAUCCGCGUCCUCGCCUGCCUGGCCCUCAAGAGGUUUCGAAGCUCGACCAGUGCCGUCAGCUUGAGAAAGGGGGAAGAGCUGCUGGCAGAGGCGACGAUGCUGUUUAUGCAGGAGAACGAGGAGACAAGUCGCAUGCUCAGCCACAUCGACCGUCUCUUCUUCUCCCAGCUCGAUGUCUCCGUCCUUGCCAGCCAUGACACGGUGUUCACUCCCGUGAUCGGCGACGGCGAAGCUCUCGGCGAGAAGAUACCCGACGGCCUCGUGCAGGUUGAAGUUUGA